AUGAGGCGCAAGUUGACCUCUGUACAGAGGAAAUUCCUCAUUAAGAUCAAUAAGGCCUGUAACACGGCGCCCACAAACACCUUACAAGUCAUGGCUAACAUCCCACCCAUCCAUCUCCAGGCUAAACUAAACAUCUGGUAUUGGUACCUCACCUCAAAAAGUCCCCAAAAUAAACCACAACCCUCUGAACAUGAUGAAAUCAAUCUGGAACUAAUAGUGAACAACACCUCGAUUGACAAAAACAACGCAAACUAUGGAAUUGACAGAAAACUAAAGAAGGACGAGUACUCACACCACCCAGCAGAUAAACCGAACUUUAACAUUCAUUGGGACAUUGAAGACAUCAGCAAACUGAAAGCCAAAUGGAGGAUCUACACCGACAGAUCGAAGAACAUCAACGGCACCGGAGCUGGAUUCACAAUAAAAAACAGUGACAACAGAACUUCAUAUCAAUCCUACCAGAAGCUUGCUUCUCAUUGCUCAAUCUCCCAAGCGGAGAUGUGGGCGAUCCUAAAAGCUCUUCAGUACAUCUUAAACAACCUGGACAUCUAUAAAGGCAACAUUUUUAUCUUAACUGAUAGCAAAAUGGCACUGCACAGCUUGUGCAAUAACAGCCACCCUACCGUACUCACCAAUACUGUGCAGAACACAGCCAGAACAUUAAGUGAACUACGUACUCUCAACUUCGCUUGGGUCCCAGCCCACACUGGUGUUGAUGGUAAUGAGAGGGCGGACUUGUUGGCCAAACUUGGUGCUAACUCCUCCAUUCAACCAUCAUACACCGCCCUUCCUCAAAAGAAGCUUAAAAGCGAACUUAUCAACAUCAUUAACUCCGCCUGGCAAAGAGAAUGGAGGACUGCCGAUACGGGCAGGAACUGUUUCUCCUUCAUUCCUACAAUCGAUAUAAGGAACGCCGCCAGGCACUUUGUGCCAAACAAGUACGUCUCCCAGGUUUUACUCGGCCACGGCAAUUUCCCAGCAUAUCUUCAUAGGUUCGGAAUCAUAAACAAUAACAAGUGCUCCUGCACAACGGACUCUAUUGCAGAUGCUAUGCACUUCGCAUUUACUUGUCCAAAUUAUGACGACGACAGGACUGAGCUUCAACACAAAUACCUAUUGAAGAACUAUAGUUGGCCACCAAACCCAACAAUUAUCUUCCAAAACAAAGAACUCUGGCACACUUUUAAAAACUUUAUAAUUAAAACGGGUGCCCUUAAAGAGCACACUCAGUCCAACAACUUGGAAGACGAAGACCCCGACGAAAUCCAAUUGCUCAACGACAACUAUGAACAAACCACUACCGAAGAAGACGACACCGAAGAAGAUUCCGAGUAA